GCGCCUCGCCCUCCCUCCCGGACUACGGCUCCCAGAGUUCCCCGCGGCGAGCACGGCUUGGCGAUGGCGGCGCCCGGCCCUGAGGCGAGCGACUGUGACAGCGAGGAAGAAGCGGCGGCCUGGCAGCGCCUGCGGGAGGCGGCCUGGGAUCCGGCGCUCGGUCGAGCGGCCGCCCUGGAUCCAGUCGAGAAUUCGAGGAAAAGGAACCAGCAAGCAGGUGGAUCCAGCAUCAGAGAGAAAAUCUGCAAUCAUGAGCAGGAUGGAAAUGAACUGCAAACCACACCAGAAUUUCGAGCACACGUUGCAAAGAAACUGGACACGAUCUUGGACAAUGUGAUAACCCUCUCGACGUGCCCACUGCGACUCCCGCGACAGGAGAACAGCGCCUUCCUGGAAGAAGACAACGGAUUCCGCCUCUUCGCCUCCUCUGUCCUGGGAGACUGUGGGGAGCCAGAAGCUGCCCCUCCGAAACGGUCGGCAUUGCAGCAUUCCAGCUCCAGGUAAGGAAUGGGAAUGGGAGGGGAUCUCUGCCAUGAAAGGGGGCAACAGACGAAGACUUCUGGCUUGCCAGUGAGCCUUGGUCAGGCUGUGA